AUGGCCGCCGCUGUCCACUGUUCCAGGGCGUACGUUCCUGUGAGCUUUGUAUAUGGUUCUGGUACUUCUUCAAGAAGAAAAUCAUCUUGUAACAAGUGCUGUGCAUUGGUGGACCUAACUCUACCACAUAAAGAACUUCAGAAGUCAAGCCAAUUAAUUCAAUAUCGGGAGUUUCUUUUGCCCCAGUCAUCCCUGAAAGAACUAGCUUGCCAACAAUUGGCCCAUGGAAUGGAUGAACAAUGGUCCUAUCAUUCUUCUUACUCAGCCCCGGUUUCAAGUGGACAAUAUUCUGUGAAAAAGAGCUCUGUGAAGCAAGUUCAAGAUCUCCAAUCUUGUCAGCUACAAGGUGUUGCUUACUUCACAGAUUUGUCGGAUCAAGAAAUUGAGAGAAGACGGAAGAUUGGUGCUGCGAACAAGGGGAAGGUUCCCUGGAUAAAAGGCAGGAAAUGGAGUGAAGAGCACAAGAAGCUCAUCAAGCAACGGACUGCUGAAGCUCUGAGAGACCCCAAGGUUAGGAAGAAAAUGUUAGGACAUCGUCAGCUACAUAGACAAACAAGCAAAGACAAAAUAAGUACCGCACUGAGGACGAUCUGGGAGAGGCGGAUAGUUUCUGUCCAAUCAAGACAGAAGGUUCUGCAGAUAUGGUCAAAUAGUAUAGCUGAAGCAGCAAAGAAUGGUGAUCACAGCCAAAAUAAGCUUGACUGGGACAGCUAUGAAAGGAUAAAGUCAAAGAUGAUAUCUAUGUUCCUGUGGAAUGAAGAGAGGGGACGGAUAAUCAAGAAGCUUAAAAAGGCAGUGGCAAAAAUUGUUGCCAAGAGGCUUCAAGCAGCAAGGAGAAGGAAAGAACAGGCCACAGGGACAAAGAAGUUGAAACCUGAGAAGAUGUUGCUACAAAACUCAGACCGUCAACCAACAAGGGUGGUAGUAUCUGCAAAGCCAAAGCUUAAGGAGAGACUAGCUAAGAUGAAGGCUAAGGCUAAUGGGAGCAUAAAGAAGGCAGGGAAGGGUGAUCAUGUCCAUGGAGGGCCAAACUGGGUUCUUGUUGCAGGAGGCAUUUUGCUCAGCACACUUUCAGUCAGACUUGGGUGCAGAUUGAAGCAGAUGUUUGAAACCAAGCAGCAAAACUCUUCUACCAAAGCCAAAAGAAGGCCUGGGGUAUGUGAACUGCACUCCAACCUCUACAGGUUCAGUGACCAAACUAGCUGCCAUUGUUACAUGUCAGGGCAUGCGGAUGGUGAAGUGGAGCUCAAGCAAGCACCUUCAAGUCCUAUAUCCAAAUCAAGUGAACCAUCCAAUCUUCUUGUGAAGGUACCAGCACCAGAAUCAAGCAAAGAGAAUAGUGGUAUCAUGUGGUCAUCAUCGCCUGACCGUCUUGAAGAUCCUCGCAAAGCAACAUUUCAGUACUCAAACUGCUCAGGCUCUCCCUCCAUUUCAGAAUCAGGAUCCGACAUUUAUGGCAAGCGAGAGGUCAUACAGAAGCUGAGGCAGCAGCUCAAGAGACGUGAUGAGAUGAUCAUGGAGAUGCAAGCUCAGAUCGCGGAGCUUAAGAACUCUCUGGCCAUCCAGGCGACUGAGAACACUGGGUUGCAGUCCCAACUGGAUGCCACGAACCAAGAUCUGUUUGAAUCAGAGAGGGAGGUUCAGCAUCUAAGGAAGAUCGUCGCAGAUCAUUGCGUUGCGGACUCACUCUCGCUUGAUAAAGCUUUUCAAGCCAGACAGUGGCAGACAAAUGGCACAAAUGGGCAUGCUAAUGGUUAUUCUGACAGCAGCGUGGAUGACCAUGAGGUGCACUGUAAUGGUGUAGAGAAGAGAAAAGGAGAGGUAGAGAGGAUGGAGAUGCUAAGGAGAGAGGUGGGUGAGCUGAAGGAAGUUAUCGAGGGGAAAGAUUUCCUCCUCCAGAGCUACAAGGAGCAGAAGGUGGAGCUCUGCUCUAAGAUCAGAGAACUGCAGGAGAAGCUGUCAGCACAAGUGCCGAACAUCUUGUAG